ACUUCAUUUAAGCAAUAAUAGUAGAAAAAGCAUUGACAUCAAUAAUAAUAACUAUUAACACGAUCUAGUCAGAGUGUCAGAGUCAGUAUCAAUCACAUCCACGGUUAAGCAUGUCUUGCACACAAAUAAAACAGUUAGAAGCAUUAUUAGGGAAACAACUAGUUAAAAAAACUAUUAAAAAUGUGAUUAUUAACAACCUGACAGCUCCAGGUGAAAACUUUGGUAGUAUAAUGUACAAAUUGGAUAUUGUGUUGAAUAAUAAUGAUAACGGUACCGAAGAGAUACUCCACGCAGUUGCAAAAACCCUUCCAGCAGCUGAACUAUGGAGGAAAAUAUUUAAUAUUCAAGUAACUUACACAAAUGAAAUGGCUUUUUAUCAAAUAGUUCUGCCUACUUUUCAGGAAUUCCAGCGUAGUUUAGGAAUUGAUAACGUUAUUAAUUGUUUUGCUGAAUGUUUAGCAGUAAGAAAAAACCUAUUGGAUAAUAAUAGUGACGUUAUUGAUGAUGAUGCUGUUAUAGUUCUUGAGAAUUUAAUAUCUAAAGGUUAUAACAAUAUCGAUAGAGUGAAAGGAUUCGAUUUGAAUACGUCAAAAAUUAUUUUAAAAGACAUUGCACAUUUACAUGCUGUUGGCUUAUCCCUAAAAUUAAAAGAUCCUAAGACGUUUGACGAAAAAGUCAAAAAGUACUGCCAUGUAUAUCAACCACCUAAGGAGAAUAGUGAAAAUAAUCUUUUAAAAGCAGUGGUAGCGGAAAAUGAAGAGUGCCGUCAGUUUUUAUCAAGUAUUCAUGGUUGGGGAGAAAUCCCAAAGUCUGCACCGAGAGAGCCAUUUGCUACCUUAGUACAUGAAGAUUUGUGGACCAAUAACACUAUGCAGAAGUUCGAAAAUGGAAACCCCGUUGGAAACAAACUAGUAGAUUUACAAAUUUAUGAGUAUGGAUCUCCAGCAGCUGACGUGUUUUUCUUUAUUUUUUCGAGUAUUCCCCUAGAAGUAUUAGAUCCACAUUUAGACGAUCUACUUCAUUUUUAUCAUGAAAACUUAACUGGUUUUCUUAAAAAACAUAAAUGUAAUUUGGAAUUUUCCUACGAUCAGUUUUUAGACGAAAUGGAAUUUGUUUCCUCCUAUGAGUUCAGCCAUGCACUUCUUUUUCAUCUUGUAGCCGUAAAUGGGAAAAAAGGAGGACACGAAUCUGACGAGUUACCUUCGGUAGAUAAAUUUCUUAAAUAUAUGUCUCAACCAGUAAAAGAAAAAGCGUGGUAUAUGGUGAAAGAAUGUGUUAAAAGAGGAUGGUUAAAAUAAAAAUGUACACACAUAACAAAAGUGUUUUUUUAUAAAUCUUAUUCCAUACUGCUAUAAUAUUUUUUAUGUUUUAGUAACUUCUACCUGCCUCUUUAACUAACCACCUGCUUCAAACUUGCUUGGCGAUGUAAAAAUUCUAAUACUUUAUCUUAUUAUCACUAUAACUAUUGUUUAAAAACAAUGCUAUAACCCUCUAAUUUCUCAUUCGACUAAGUAUAAGUCAAAAGAUCAUAGAUCUAAUUGGGACUGUUAUUUAAAUUAUCCCCCUAGCAAUAUAUCAAAACAUUUUAAUAUUUAAACGAUAAAAAAUUAAUUUUAUUAGAAAUAAAAAUUGUGCUUUUUAAGAUCUCUAUAAAUAUAUAAGAACCAGUUAAACAACUCAUGUUUGAGAAGAAGUAUAUUGAUUUUCG